AUGGACCAAUUUCUACCUCCACCUCCAUUUCUGCUGAUUGGUAAUCUUGCAGAAAAUGUGAGAAAUGGACAGCCAGAAACGUUGGAUGAUGUCCUUGUGGAAUUUAAGAAUUAUUGUACGCCUCGGAAGAAUGUAAUCUUCGAACGCUAUUGCUUCUGGAGCCACAGCUGGGUUCAAAAUGCAUCUGUUGAAAAGUUUGUAACAGGCCUCAAAUUAAAUGCUGCCAGCUGUGAGUUUGGCUCUGCCUCAGAGGAGUUGAUAAGAGGUAAAUUAGUAUUCAGUGCCCCUGAAGGACUUAAAGGAAAACUUCUGAAAGAGACUGACCUCACCCUGAAAAAGGCUGUGGAACUUUGCCAGGUUACUAAAGCACUUGCUUCUCAAUUACAAACAAUGAUAAAUACUGCAAAGCAGCCUUGUGAAUCGGCGACGGCAAAUAUGCAAGCUGAGAAAAUUUCCUUGCAUGUGGUGAGACGACAACAGCCACACUCUGAAACGGAAGUUAGCGUUGUUAGAUAUAAGAACUGCUCCUAUUGUGGAAUGAAGUACUCCCCAGCAGAAAUGUUGAUGGGUAGAAUGCUGAGGAGCAAGCUACCAGCAUCUAAUCAAAAACUACAUCCUAAAAUACCAAGUGGAGUAAGGGAGGCCUUGCAGGAAGUUCAGGAUACACAGAAGUUUUUUCAUGACCAAACAGCAAAGUCGCUUAGACCCCUGAAAGAAGGAGAUGAAGUGUGGGUAGAGGGAAAUAGGCAAUGGCAUCCCGCUGUGGUAAUAGAGCAGUGCCAGCUACCUCGGACAUAUAGGGUACAAACGUCUGAUGGAAACAUCUAUCGGUGUAACAGAAUCCAUCUAAGAUGUUCCCAAAAGGAGAUGGGAGAAGAACAAAAGAAGUAUGAGAGAUGUAAUCAAGGGGCGGGUAACAAGGCAUUGGAAGAGCUGAACAGUCAGGAGGUGAAUAAUAGUAAUCAGGUGACAGAAGAAGAAAAUCAGGAAUUGAAUAGUUCACAGAGGGCAGAAAGGAUUCCUAGAUGUAUAUCAUCAUAUGGUACACCUAGUUCAAUAAAACAUUUUGAUAUUGUUUUGCAGAUGGAAUUUCCCUGCAACUUGCUGUCUGUGAAAAUCAUACAAAUAAAAAAUCUACGAACAGCAGAUAUAUUUAGCCAGUCUAAUUGCUAUGUGAGCUUGUUCCUGCCAACGGCUUCAUUUGAAAGGGUUCAGACCAAGACUAUUAAGGACUGCCAGGCUCCAUUGUGGAAUGAAAUCUUCACCUUUAGGAUACAGAAGGAGGUCAAAAAUGUUUUAGAGUUGAUGGUUCAUGAUGAAGACUACUGCCUCAUGGAUGAUCACCAUCUCACUGUACUUUUUGAUGUUUCUAAAAUUCAGCUUGGAGAAACGAUUUGCCUCACAUUUCCUUUGGACCCAAAAAUACAAGAAGAGCUAGAGGUGGAGUUUAGACUGGAGAGCAUCCCAGUUCUUCUUGAAAAUAUUGUUACUAAUGGCGUAUUAGUGUCUCGUGAAAUUUCCUUCUUGGAGGUAGAAGUAAACCUGGAAAAGAUGAAGAACGAGCCAACAGACAAAACCUUAACAUUCACUGUGCAAGGAUCCUGUGAAGAAACAAAGAACAUUUCACUGGGCUCUGUCAGGCAUCCCACUGAACCUGUUGUGUUUCACUACAUAAAAUAUCAGCAAUCUGUGUUGGCAAUUGAAUUAUCCAAGAAGUUAUGUACCACAUGCUUUCCCAGAAAUACUAAUGCAGAAGAAAAAGUUUGCCUCACUUUGCCUAUGGACCCACUCUCUAUCAAAAAGGAAAUAGCCAUAGAUAAGAACAAAACUAUUGAUUUAAGCAUGAAGGUACAAGACUGGCCAAGGGGCCUAGAUGUACGUUUGGGGUAUGAAUUAUGUACGGAGGAAAAAAUACUGGUACAGAAGCGGAAGAGGAUUGCUGCAGCAGCCCUGAAAAAGGUUCUCCACUUAGAACAGGAUCUUCAGGACCAUGAGGUACCAGUGGUGGCUGCCAUGGCAACAGGGGGUAGUUCCAGAGCAUUCACUGCUUUACAUGGCCACCUAUUUGGUCUACAAAAAUUGAACCUGUUAGAUUGUCUUUCAUAUAUUUCUGGUUCUUCUGGCUCCACAUGGGCUAUGUCAAAUCUGUAUGAACAAGCUGACUGGUCACACCAGGAUCUUUCAGGAGCGAUAGCACAAGCUCGCAAGCACAUGACAAAAUGCAAGCAGAGUAUAUUUUCCCUGGAAAAAAUAAAGGAGUACAGUCAUGUAUUGGAGCAGCGGCAAAAAGAAGGCUACAAAACAUGCUUUACUGAUCUUUGGGGACUUUUCAUCGACAAAGCAUUAGGCAGUGGGAAGCCCAACAGCACACUCUCAGGGCAGAAGCAUGCACUGAAUCAUGGUCAGAACCCGCUACCUAUAUACAUGGUUCUCAACACCAGAGACAAGUACAGCCUUUCAGAAUUUAAAGAAUGGAUGGAAUUUACUCCGUAUGAGGUUGGAUUACUAAAAUAUGGUGCCUAUAUUCAUUCUGAGGAUUUUGGAAGCAAAUUCUUCAUGGGUCGGCUGAUGAAGAAAGUUCCUGAAUCAGAAAUCUGCUACAUGAAAGGUCUGUGGAGUAAUGUAUUUUCCUAUAACCUGCUGGAUAUCUUGCAUGGACAUAAUGUUCCAGAUGAAAAUUUUUGGCACAGAUGUACCCGGGACAGCAUAAACAAUAUUGAAGAAAGUCCCUAUCAACCACUAUCAUCACAUCAGUUGGAUACUUACCUGGUUGCCCCUGCCUCUAAAUUUGCUAAGUUCUUUCGGGAAGUUCUGUCAAAGAGCUUAACGUUGUCAGAGGUUUACAAUUUCUUACAUGGAUUCCAGCUAAACAAUGGGUACCUUGAUAACAAGAACUUUGAGAUAUGGAAAGAUACUAUACUAGAUGUUCUUCCUAACAAUCUGACAACAACACCAGAAUACCUGUCCCUUGCAGAUACUGCAGCCUAUAUUGACUUCAGCUGCCCCACACUCAUGAGGCCGGAGAGAAAAGUGGACGUCAUUGUGCAUCUAAAUUAUUCUUCAGGAUCACAGACAACAACUUUAAUAAGAGCCUCUCAGUACUUUGCAAAGCAAGGAAUUCCGUUCCCCAAAAUAGAUCUGAGUAAUGUUAAAGAAACGGAUCUAAAGGAGUGCUACGUCUUUGAAGAUGCUGAAGACUCAAGAGCCCCAAUUGUGAUUUUUUUCCCUCUGAUAAAUGACUCCUUCAGAAAAUGUAAAGCACCAGGUGUGAAACGCAGCCCCUCAGAAAUGAAACAGGGUGAAGUUGACGUGACUAGUGCAUUUUCCCCUUAUGGAUUACAGGACUUCACAUACACAGAGGAGGAGUUUGAUAAACUGGUGGAACUGACAAGUUACAACAUCCAAAAUAAUAAGAACAUGAUCUAUGGGGCUUUGCGAAGAGCAGUGGAGCGAAAACAGAAGGAAUAA